AUGAGCCAGGAGCGUGAAUAUGGCGGCUGGGAACAUGGAGGCGACGAAUAUGUUGUCUUGGAGUGUGAGGGAGGGGAAUAUGACAGCCAGGAGCGUGAAUAUGACAGCCAGGAGCGUGAAUAUGGCGGCUGGGAACAUGGGGGCGACGAAUAUGUUGUCUUGGAGUGUGAGGGAGGGGAAUAUGACAGCCAGGAGCGUGAAUAUGACAGCCAGGAGCGUGAAUAUGGCGGCUGGGAACAUGGAGGCGACGAGUAUGGUGUCUUGGAGUGUGAGGGAGGGGAAUAUGACAGCCAGGAACGUGAGGAAGGGCAAAUAUGA